ACCGAGCUUUACACGGACGAUUGGAUUGGUUUGAAAACAUUAGAUGAUUCCGGAAGGUUGAAGUUCAUUUCAGUGGCGGGAAAUCACCUUGGAAUCUCAAAAAAUGACAUGAAGAAACACGUUGUUCCCUAUUUAGAGGACGAAAAACCUAGACAAGGUAAUGAGGUUGGGCUGAAAUUUGAUCAAUCAAAAGAGGGCAAAUUUGAAGAGGUAGUAUUUGACGGGUUAUCAUCUUACCGGUGGCCAUUACAAGUCAUUAGCUUCUUUGAGGAAUUGUUUGGUGUUGAGAAAAGAUGA